AUGGGGCCCAAGGAUGUAAAGGAAAAGCACCCUCUCUUCCUAGAUCUGGAUGAUGACGUGCACACAAGCGGAAGUGAUGGGGACUAUCCCCGGGCAGUCGAGGUUUCCUUCGACCCAACCAGCCCUUAUCGACGCAAAGCCUCCCUCGUAUCAUCUGAAGCCGUCGCCCAUCUUCCCCCUAGCCGAAAAACCGAGUGCAUGGUCCACCAAUUCCUAGACAGUCAGAGGAUGGCUGAUCGGUCGGUAGACGGUGCCGGUAACGAGUCGGGUAAUCACCUGUUCUAUGGGCACCCGGCCUAUCACUUUCCCCAUAAGCAGGAGGAUGCGAAGGACAUAUCACGUCAACAGGGACUCGAAAAUCAAAUCGAUGGCAAGGGCCCGAGUCGUAAUGCUCGCGCAGAUAUUCUGGCCCUCGGUACCGCGACUCCGGAGGAAGGCGAUAUCGGCCAGGCAGAUGAGAAGGAGUGGCGGAUGCAGAUAUGCCGAACCGAGUCGCAGCUCGACGUGGAACAGCCGCGACAGGAGCCGGGCGACAAGUCGGGAAACGAAGAGCUUAACAGUCGGCUCCUGACCAAGAGGCAGCUGAGCGAGAUGGCAUGGGGUGUCCGGGAACUGAGCAGGAGACUGAGUACCAUGCGGAUCAAGUUUCGGGUCAAGUCCAUCUUCAUCUUGACCAAGAUCCACGACAUGGAGCUAGUCAGUCAUACAAGGGAGCUGGCCAAGUGGCUUCUGGGCCCCGAACACGACGUCCGCUACGUAGUUUACUUGGAAGACAGGUUUCGGGACAGCAAGAGGUUCAAUGCCCCUGGCCUGGUCCAGGAGCUAGAACAGGAAUAUACCAAAGCCGGGGAGCUCGAUGAGAAGGAUACCGCGCAAGCCAUCUCUAAGAGAUUACGGUACUGGGACGAAUGCAUGUGCCGCACUAGGCCGCACACAUUCGACUUCGUCAUCACCUUGGGCGGGGAUGGGACGGUGCUCUAUGCCAGCUGGCUGUUCCAGCGUAUUGUGCCCCCUGUGCUCAGUUUCUCCCUUGGCAGUCUCGGGUUCCUCACCAAGUUCGAUUUCACCGACUAUCAGCCUAUCCUGUCCAACGCAUUCGAAAAGGGUGUUACCGUGAGCCUGCGCUUGCGAUUUGAGGGCGCCAUAAUGAGGAGCCAGAAAAGGCCGAGCAGUGUCGAUGCCGAAAGCAGCUCAAGCUCUCAGGACGACGAGAACAUGCAAAGGGACCUCGUUGAGGAACUUGUCGGCCUAGACAGAGACGACGAGUACACUCACAAGCCCGAUGGCACUUACGUGAUUCUCAACGAAAUCGUCGUGGAUCGGGGACCAAAUCCGACGAUGUCGAACACCGAAAUCUUUGGCGACGAUGAGCACUUCACCACUAUCCAGGCCGACGGCGUCUGUGUCUCUACACCUACAGGCUCAACUGCCUACAAUCUUGCUGCGGGAGGCUCGCUAUGCCACCCAGAGAACCCGGUCAUGCUCGUCACGUCCAUUUGCGCGCACACCCUAUCCUUCCGCCCCAUCAUCCUCCCGGACACUAUAGUCCUACGGGUGGGGGUUCCCUACCAAGCACGGACAAGCUCGUGGGCAAGCUUUGAUGGCCGCGAGCGUAUCGAGCUGCGGCCCGGGGACUACGUCACCAUCAGCGCGAGCCGCUUCCCUUUUGCGUCCGUCCAAUCCCAAGGCCGCAGAAGCGAAGAUUGGGUGAACAGCAUCCGCGCGAAGCUCGGGUGGAAUACAAGGGGGAAACAAAAGGGCUUUCAUAAGUGGCAUUGA